AUGGAGGGCAGAUUUGUCCACGAAUAUGAUGAGGAUGACUCCCCACUCUCUGGUGAUGAGGAAUCAUAUGCACCUUCACCCAAGAAAAGUAAAAGAGGUGGGCACAAGAGAGUGGUGACAGUGCCUAUUGGUGACGGACUCCGGAGCAAAUUAGGAGAGGUUUAUCCUCCGCCUGCGAGUGUUGUGGAAUUUACGAAAUCCCUUGAUGAAGUGCCGGGAGUGCAUACUAGUCUUAUUUUGGGCAUCAGAGAACUGUUAGGCUGCACUUGGCGGGUUAAUGUGACGCAUGCAUUCCGUGAAGCGAAUUUUGCAGUCGACCACUUGGCUUCCUUUGCUGUGGAAGGAUCUUUGGGCUAUCACUUCUUUCACGAUCCGCCACAUGGGGUACGGCCGUGGCUGUACCAUGAUCUUAGUGGAGUUUCAUACUCGAGGAAUGAAGAUUCCGGUCAAUUGGAGCUGAGGUGGCUUACCGGAAAAUUGACACGGGCAACGACACAGUUCUUCUACUCCUCACUGACGCACAGUUCUUAUCCCUUCUCCCCAUCACAUUCCCUGUCUCCUUCCUCCCCUAAUCCAACGGCCCCAGAUGGAUCUCAGCUCGAGAGAAUGGUUCAUGUCCCGAAAGAAACCCCUCUUCGACACCGUCUUCGAGAUCCUCCGUACCCAGCAGGAGUCCGCCGCCGACUCUGCCCUUUCCCGAUUGAAUCUCAGGCUAUCCCGGGCUUCCACCACACGAGAACAACGUUCGAUGCCAUUUUCCGGAUUAUAUCCAAAGCCAAGAUGAUGAACUUGAUGCUGGAGUUUCUGCAGAACUAUAUGAAGCAGAGGUAUGUUCACAAGAUCAGGCAUUACAACAUAUUGGUGAUGGGUUAUGCCGUGGCAGGUAAACCCGAGACUGCACUCCAGGUGUAUGGCGAAAUGCGGUUCCUAGGCGUGGACCUUGACGAGCUAGCUUACCAUGUGCUCCUGAACUCUUUCAUCGAUCAUGCUCGCGAGAUUAGACUUAGAGGCUUCCAGAAUGAGUUCACGCAUUCGAUUAUGAUGAAGAGUUUCUGCAAGCAGAAUGAGUUGGAGAGAGGUGAAGAGUAUUUGCGCGGCACGGGCCGUAACACGGUCAUCUUGCCCGUGUCGUUGCCCGUGUCAAUUUUCCGGUAA